CAGCUGGGCACGUGAGCGAUGGAGACCAUCUGGAUCUACCAGUUCCGCCUCAUCGUGAUCGGGGACUCCACAGUGGGCAAGUCGUGCCUCCUGCACCGCUUCACUCAGGGCCGCUUUCCCGGGCUGCGCUCCCCAGCCUGCGACCCCACUGUCGGCGUGGACUUCUUCUCCCGCCUGCUGGAGAUCGAGCCGGGCAAGAGGAUCAAGCUGCAGCUCUGGGACACGGCGGGACAGGAGCGGUUCAGAUCAAUAACUCGAUCUUAUUACCGCAACUCGGUUGGUGGAUUUUUAGUAUUUGACAUUACUAACCGACGAUCUUUUGAACAUGUGAAAGAUUGGCUAGAAGAAGCAAAAAUGCAUGUACAGCCAUUUCAGAUUGUAUUUCUGCUAGUGGGACAUAAAUGUGAUUUAGCUUCACAACGUCAAGUUACAAGGGAAGAAGCUGAAAGACUGUCAGCAGACUGUGGUAUGAAGUAUAUAGAAACCUCAGCAAAAGAUGCUACAAAUGUUGAGGAAUCCUUCACUAUCUUGACAAGAGACAUAUAUGAACUUAUUAAAAGGGGAGAAAUUUGUAUUCAGGAUGGCUGGGAAGGGGUUAGAAGUGGUUUCGUUCCAAAUACUGUGCAUUCUUCUGAGGAAGCAGUAAAACCCAGGAAAGAGUGCUUCUGCUGACUUCAUACGUGCCAAAGAACUAAGAACAGAUUGGGUGUCAUUUCAGGAUAAAUACCGACAUUAACAACAGAAUGAUGUGAUGAAAGCAUUUUAAAAAGUUAUAAACCCAUGCUAACACUAUUUUGUAAGGUAUUUGAUUCAGAGCAAUAUGGUUACUUGUUAAACUACCAGAUUGGUAUUUUGCUAAAUUAUCAAGCAAAGCAGACGACUUUUUCUGGAAACUGGAGUAUCUACAUAAUUGCCUCCAUUCUCACUUUGUUAGCAUAUAACUGACCAUAAUAUCCAAAUAUGUCAAUAUUACUCAUUUUUCUUGACAGUUUGAAAUGGAUGUUUUGUGCAUAUAUAAUCUGAUUGAAAAGAUUUUACCAGGAAUUACAUUCUCUAGUGUUAAUUAAUUAAUAUUAAAUAGUAAAGUGGAUUUAAAAGUGUACUGUUUACUUACAAAGUAAACAAUUACAGAGUUAUUAACUAGGCCUAAAAUAACAAUUCCUUGUUUAAGGUACCAGGUUUUUAACCAUUCUCUGAAAUAUUUAUUCUCCCUUAAUUUUGCCUGAACAUGAGAAGAUAAGUUUUAUAUUAAUUUUUGUUCUCUGAUUUAUUGCUCCUGAAAAUUUUAUGUUUUAUAAUGAUAUCUAAGGAUCCAAGCAAAAGGUUUUAUUGCAAAUAUUUGUGAAAAUAAAAACGAAGGAUCACUAUCAGCAAAUGUUUUGUUGUUAUAGUAUACUGUCCUUAUUUAGACAAGAAAAACUUAGCCAUUUUGUCCAGAUUUUCAAAUGUGUUGGUAUAAAGCUAGCAUAGUAUUCUUUUGUAAUUAAAAAAAAAUUCUCUCUGUUUUAUAGCUAGUCCCAUCUCUAUCAUAUUUGCCAAAUAUUGCUUAUUUUACUGGUCUUUCUAAAAGAACGUUUUGGUUUUAUUUGUCAAGUUUACUGCUUUUCUCCUCUAUUUUUGACUUUUCUCUUGAUUAAUUUUGUCCUUCCACUCUUUUGGAUUUACCUUGUUCUUUUUCUAUGUCUACUGUCCAUUUCCUGUAGCUUCAAGAGCCAUUUUCAACAAUUCAACGAGCUCUGCUAGUUGUGUCAUGGUCACUUCAUCAUAUGCCGUUAAAACUUAAUCUCAUACACUGGGUGAAGACUCAGCAGUCUUAUUUUGCUUUCAAAAUUGUUCUAUGGCCUUAGAUCCUUCUUCUUCUCUAAAUUACCACUAUCAUCAGGGAAAAUUCUACUGGGCCUCAUGCUGCUUAUAAGGCUUGCCUUUCCUGCAGUUUCAUAAUAAAAGAAAAAACAUUUCCACCGUUUUUUUUGAUGUUGAUCGAAAAUUUAGCAACACUUCUUUGCACUGUAUUCAAAUCCCGAAAUAUAAGCAAGCCUUCAUGCAUACGGGCCCACUGAAAUGUCAUAAUUUUAAACUAUGUAUGACCUUGAACAAUGUCCUUUCCAAAUACUCUAUGCUCCCCCUUUCUUCCUAGGUGUUCAGACUUUUUCAUUCCUACAACAUCUUUUACACAUGGUCAAUUUGUGUCAUAAGCUCUUCCUCCCUUCCACUUCUGAGUAUAUAUCCAAAGGAAACAUCAUCAUUAUUUGAAGAGAUAUCUGUACUCCCAUGUUCAUUGUAGCAUUAUUCACAAGAGCCAAGGUAUGGAAACAAUCUAAGUGUCCAUAGUAGAUUAUUGGAUAAGGAAAAUAUGGUAUAUAUAUGCAAUGGAAUAUUCUUCAACCUUAAAAAAGAAGAAAAUCCUAUCAUUUAAGACAACAUGGAUAAAACUGGAGGACAGUAUGCUAAGUGAAAUAAGACAAAUAGUGCAUGAUGUCACUUAUAUGUGGACUCUAAAAAAAUAACUAAAUAAAUCAACUCUUCUUCCCUGGACAUUUUCCUCAGCAGAAUCUAGCAGCCUCUACUAUGAGUCUCAUCUUUUUUUUAUUGUUUGUACAAGAUCACAACCCCAGGGAACCUAUGUAUUUACGGAUGUAUAUCUAGAUUAUAGUGUACUGUUGUUCGUUUUCUUUGCAAUUCAUUCCUUCCACUUCUGGCAUCAGAACCUCAUUUUUCCUUUGGAGAAGUCCUUGUGAUUCAGGUAGGCGGUGUGUCUCCUCCCAAGGCUGUGUGACUUGGGCCUGGCUAGACACAGUGUUUUACAUAUACUCCAUAUGUCUUAUGUACUUAUUUCUCUAUUUUCCAUGCUUUUCCCUCAAAAUUUUAGUGUAUUUUUUAAUUGACAUUUGUAAUACUUUCUUUUGUUUGACUAAGGUACUGUUAAACUGAUCUUCUGAGUGCUUAAUUUCAGCUUUUUUAAUUCUAGAAUUUUCCU